AAAGGAAGCUUCUUCUGUGAAACUCGAUCAGCUAAAGGGAUCUGGAUGGGUUGUAAUGUAUCCCUCUUAUAUUGAUAGCUCCAUGUCUGUAAAGGACGGGAGAAAGGUGAGAGCGGAUCUAUCCUGUGAAAACCCUACAGUUCAGGAAGUGGCAAAGGCUUGUAUACAAUUAGGUCUCGAUUGUCUUAUUGAACCUAAGCGAUAUCCCAAGAAGUGGUGGGUUCCGGGAAGAUGUCGUAUUCGUAUUCAUAAUGCAGACGGAAGCCCGUGUAACAAAUCUGUGAACUCACGAAAGGAGCUGUUUCAUGAAGUGGGUAAGGUAAUUCCUCAAAUCCGUCAACAAAUGAGAGAGCAAAUGAGCGCAUCCCAAAAGGGAGGUCCGGCACCUGCGGGAUCGCAGAACAAAGCGAAACCGAAAGGAAAGGGCAAGGGUCGAAAGAAAUGA